AUCUCUACUGCUUGUUGAUCUAUUAUAAAAACAAAAGUUAGGUUAACCAGGUGUCAGUUCAGAAUACUUGACAAACAUUGCAAAAUGAAGAAAACUCUUUUCGUCGUCUUCCUCGCUGUUAUAUCAGCUACACUAACUGUUGAAGCGUCCCCUGUUGGAGCCAUAAAGUUUAACAACACAGAGGUGUCUCCCAACAUCCCCUACAUUCAGAUACUCCGUGGUAGAGAUGGUAGAGACGGCCCUCAGGGAACACCAGGAAUCCCAGGCAAAGACGGGAGAGAUGGGAGAGACGGGAAAAAGGGAGAGUCAGGCAUGCAGGGAGUGAAAGGAGACAGAGGAGAAAAAGGACCUCUCGGUCCAGCCAGUGGAGGGGUCACAUACGUGAGGUGGGGAAAGACAACUUGUCCCACUGUAUCAGGGACAACGCUUCUCUAUCACGGUAUAACGGCUGGGAGUUGGUAUUCAAACAGUGGAGGCGGAGCGAACUAUCUGUGUAUGCCACACAACCCUCAAUAUGGAGCUUAUCUAGCUGGUGUGCAGAAUUAUAACCCACUGUAUGGAGCACAGUAUGAGCCAUAUGGAGGACCAGGACCGAUAGCUUCCCUUCUUAAUCACAAUGCUCCCUGUGCCGUUUGCUAUGUUUCCACGAGAAGUACAUCACUAAUGCUACCAGCUAGAAUGGAGUGCCCAACAUCUUGGACCCGUGAAUACAUUGGAUAUCUGAUGUCAGCUUUUCGUUCUAGUGGACAUUAUCGAACCAUACACGAGUGUGUCGACCAAUCACCUGAUAGCGUUCCAGGAAGCGCAGUAGACGAAGAUGGUGCUCUAUUCUAUCAUGUGGAGGCUACCUGCAAUGGCCUACCUUGUGGACCCUAUGACCCACAGAAAGAAUUGACAUGUGCUGUGUGUACCAAGUAGACUCAGCUUAGUCAGCUACCCAUAGUGUAGGAAACUGAACGUAUAAUUAUAUACAAAUUAGAAAAGCUAGUUUUGUAUGUAUAGGUAUACAUGUGAUAUAAAAGUUACACGGUGACAUAA